GACGUGGCGCUGCCCCGCGGUGCGCGUGCGCAGGCGGCCCUUCCGGAGCGGAGCAGGAUGGUGCUGCUGGAGAGUGAGCAGUUCCUGACGGAGCUCACCCGGCUCUUCCAAAAGUGCAGGACUUCCGGGAGCGUUUUCAUAACGCUGAAGAAAUAUGAUGGUCGAACAAAACCAGUUCCACGCAAAGGCCACGUAGAAACUUCUGAACCAGCAGACAAUAAAUGUCUCCUGAGAGCAACUGAUGGAAAGAAGAAAAUCAGCACAGUGGUGAGCUCAAAGGAAGUAAAUAAAUUCCAGAUGGCAUAUUCAAAUUUGCUAAGAGCUAACAUGGAUGGCUUGAAGAAGAAAGACAAGAAAAGCAAGGCCAAGAAGAGCAAAGCAACACAGUGAUGGGACAGCGUGCUACCAUCACUAUUAUAGACUUGACCCUUGCUCAAAGCAAAGUCCAUUUCUUUUUGAGUUACCACUUGUCUUUGGCUUUCCUUCCAGCAGGAAACUGGGACACGAUCAGUACUUUUGUUUAAACUGAGAGCAGAGGCGCUUUCUUUGGGUUGUUGUAUGGCAGGAGGAUGUACAGCAUUCUGCUGGAGUAGCUUUACACUCAGCUGGCUUGUACUUACCCUGCUGCUGUGUUCUCUGCAGUGUAAAACCUGUCUGGGGGUAGCACAGGGUGAAGAGAAAUGCACCCUUCCAAAAGCAGAACAAGACUGGAGCAGGAGCCUCAGUGGCAGAUGCCCCAUUUUAUAGAUGAGCCUCAGUAAUUCUAGGGAAAGCAGGUGCCAACAUGUUAUCAGGAACAGCUGCUUUCCUGUUUCUGUCUGAAGGGCCAUGUCUGCAUGAUGCAGUGCAGCUGUCCCCAAGGCAGCCAGCACAGUGCUCGAGUUCCUGCAGAGCUUUCACUCCAUGGUGCUCCAGCUGUUCUCACCUGGGCUCGGGGUCUGCAUCAUGCUCCCCUCAAACAGAGCUUAAAAAUGGUCAUCACCUAAACUUUUUUUUUAAAAACAUCAUCCUUCAUUAUAUUCAGGGAUCUGAAUUUUCCUUCCUUCAUGUAAACAGAUGUAAAAAGUAAAGAUGUAAUUGCUCCUAUUAAAGAUAAUGAGAAAUGGA